UGACGAUAGAUUUUGUUCCAUGAGAAAAACGUGGUCUCAUUUGUCGGAACUACUUAAGCUGGCUGCAAGUUCAUAUUUAUUUACCUGAGCUGGACAUGUGGAAAACCAAAAAAGGAAGAGUUUAAAAUUAGCCUUGUCAUACCAGCAGAGGGACAAAGAGUACGGGACAGAGAAAACCCAACACCAGGACUGAAACUUUACUCUUCUCUUGGACAGUGCUGUCAAAAUGACAGAGAAGCCUUCACUGCCUGACAGGGAGGACACGCCCUGGCUGGAUGAGGGACACCCUGAAUGUCAAAUUGCACAGACUCCAGAAGGACUCCUCAGAAACGAUGUAGACCGGCCAGCAUGGGACUCAAAGAUCCAGUAUGUACUGGCCCAGGUGGGGUUCAGCGUGGGCUUGGGUAAUGUGUGGAGGUUUCCAUAUCUCUGCCACCAGAAUGGAGGAGGGGCUUUCAUGUUGCUGUAUAUUUUUCUUUUGGUGAUUGUGGGGGUCCCACUGUUUUUUAUGGAGUUGGCAGCAGGGCAGAGCAUUCGGCAGGGUAGUAUUGGGGUAUGGAAGCACAUCUCCCCAAAGCUGGCAGGAAUCGGCUACUCCAGCUGCAUGGUCUGCUUUUAUGUGGCUCUUUACUACAAUGUCAUAAUUGCCUGGAGCUUGUUCUACCUUGGGAAUUCUUUUCAGUAUCCUCUGCCCUGGGAACAGUGUCCAAUUGAUGUAAGCACCAAUGACACAGUGACAGAAUGUGCACGUAGCUCUCCAACAUCGUAUUUCUGGUUCAGGAAAGCCCUCAACAUCACAAAUUCAAUUGAAGAAUCAGGAGAGUUAAACCCCAUCAUGACAGGUUGUUUAUUGACUGCGUGGGCAAUUGUCACCUUGGCUAUGAUAAAGGGUAUCAAGUCUUCUGCAAGAGUCAUGUACUUUUCCUCAGUAUUUCCCUACGUAGUGCUCUGCAUUUUCUUCAUCAGAGGGUUGAUGUUAGAUGGUGCAAUAGAAGGAAUCACCUUUAUGUUUUAUCCUAAACUUGAAAUUUGGGGUAAUGUGCAGGUGUGGCGGCAGGCUGCUACACAAGUGUUCUUUGCACUUGGACUUGGCUAUGGCUCUGUUAUCGCAUAUUCUUCCUACAAUCCCAUCCACAACAACUGCCACAGGGACGCGCUGAUGGUUUCCAGCAUCAACUUCAUGACGUCUGUGCUGGCAUCACUGGUGGUUUUUGUUGUGCUGGGGUUCCGUGCCAAGAAAAUUGCUCUACACUGUGUCGCUAAAAAUCUUGGUAAUCUAAGUGGUUUGUCUUCCAUCGGAUCUAACCAGCAAUGGUGGCCUUGGUUCAAUGUGACAGAUCCAAGCUCUGUGUCUGUAGCUGAUUACAGAGAAUGGUACACUCACUAUGGCGCCAUGUUGGGGCAUAAUAUCACUGACUGCAACCUGGACGAGGAGAUGAGUAAGGGCGUCGAAGGGACAGGUUUGGCAUUCAUAGCUUUCACUGAGGCAAUGGCGCUCUUCCCUGCCAGCCCCUUCUGGUCCACACUGUUUUUCCUAAUGCUACUCAACCUGGGCCUCAGCACCAUGUUUGGGACCAUGCAGGGAAUCCUCACACCUCUCAUGGAUAAUUUUAGCCUGUUGGGUCAGCACCGCACCCUCCUGACUGUGUCCAGCUGUGCUCUGGGGUUCUUAAUAGGGCUCUUGUUCACCAAUCGAGCAGGAAACUAUUUUGUGACUAUGUUUGACGACUACUCUGCAACCCUACCAUUAGUCAUUGUGGUCGUUUUUGAAACCAUUAGUGUUGCCUGGGUUUAUGGAACAGAUCGUUUCCUGGAUGAUAUUGAAGUUAUGCUGAAUUGGCGUCCUCCAGUGGUGUACAAAUAUCUUUGGAAGUAUGUGUGUUUACUGUCAAUGGUUGGUCUUUUGGUGGCCAGUUUGCUGCAGAUGGUCUUCAAAGGACCCACAUAUACUUCCUGGAGUCAAAGCACAGCUUCAGAUACGAUUUUGGAAUACCCUGGAUGGGCUCUGGCGAUGAUCGUCCUGCUCAUUGUCUUUGCCAGCUUGCCUGUGCCUGUCGUCUACAUCUAUUCCACUUUACAAAACCGCUGGGCCCAUAACAGCAGCCCUGAGGAGGGAGACGAGCAGGAAAUGCAAUAUGAGUUGAACACCAAGUGCAGCUCCAAUGAACAGCUGGAUGUCAACUCCCACCACCUUGCCUCUGAUGACGAUGAGCCACAGCCAAGGACCACCUUCUUGCCCAUUGGCAAUGAACGUUACAGACUCCUGCCUCAGGAGGAGGAGGAGGAGGAGGAGGAGGAGGCGGACACAGGGGUGUGAGCAUGGCUGUGGGAGGGUUCUUAUUUGUAAAAUCAUAUAAUGACUCUUUCAGACCUGAACGCUGCAGUGUAGUGCAGCAGAUAACUGAAACAGUCCUUCCAAUGGUGAUGAAAGCACCAAAAAUACUCCUUGGACAUUGCUCUGUUGAGCAAAACCGACUGGCCAUUCGAAUUUUCAGUAGGUGACCAGGUAGUGGUCAAUUGAGGAAUUGCAUAGAGGUCAAAAUAUAAAAACGCUCCAAUCAUAUUGAAAUCUAUACCACAUUUUUUGUCUGAACAUAAAGAUUCCAAAAAGGUAUAGUUUGGACUAUAU